AUGUUACAGUGGCCUACGACAUCUCAGUAUCCCUCAGAUUUAAACAGUCGAAGAAUUUUUGUCAUUCGAACACUUGGCAAUGCUUUAGACAAGGUAAGCGAUGAAUCAAAAAUUAUACAUUCAUAAGAGAACCACUUGUUUAAGGCGUUUCCUAUCAUCCUAUUACCUAUACUUAUAAAGUGAUGGUGUUUAUGUAAUAUUUCAAAUCUGACUUUGAGGACUGGACUAGACUUCAAGUCAGCGCAAUUUGAUCACGCCCGAGGCGAAGCAGAGGACUGGAUCAAAAUGCGAGGACUUGAAAUCAGUCCAGUCCGAAUUGGAGGAUUUGAAAUGACAUCUCAUACGAAUAAAUCACUACUUAAUUAAUUUUGAUCCCACCCACGGACUAAAUUUUGAUCCAGUCCUAGGACAGGAUCAAUAUAUCCGGUAUCAUGUGAGCAAAAUAAAGCAAUAUGGUUGGCUAAUUUAUUCAUGAAUUAUUAAUGAGUUUGAGAUAGUAUAUUGAUUUGAAAUGAUAGGAAAAAACUUCACAGUCCAGCAUCGAUAAACAUGCAUGCUUGCCCAAAUUUCAUACCCAUUUUUCGCAUUUGCAAGCAAGCAUAAAAAAUCUUGAAAAUUUUGCCAGCUCCUCUACGAUGAUUUGAAGCAGCGUGCUUUUUAAACCAUGUUACAUCACUUCUGCUAUAGUGUAGGCGUGUACUUGAGGGAGAAUAGUUAGAACAGAACUUCUGAGGCUAUCUACAGUAAAUGAAUACUAAGAAAUCAUUGGUUUUUCAUCUUUGCUAAUGUACACAUUUCUGCUGUAGUACCGAAGUGUUACAUUGGAUCUGUUCAAUGGUGCUUUUGCUGUGCAACGGAAAGUGAUUAUGGAAAAAUCAAGACAAGUCCUUGGAACAGCACCCACCACCUCAGAAUACAACAAAGUUUUGCAGGUAGAGUUGAUGAUAUUGCUUUCCAAAUCUAUACUUUGUUUUAUGCAUGAGGACUAUGAGGACUGGACUAGGUUUCAAGUCUGCGCAAUUUGAUCAAGUCUGAGGCGAAGUACGAAUCUUAUGGAAUGGAAUGGAAAAACUUUAUUUAAACAGGGUGGCCCUUUCAGCGCGAAGGCUGGUAUCCAUAGGGGCCCUGUAUCUAGAUAUAAGCUAUUUAUAUGAAUUACAUUUUAAGGUUUACCAUUUUAUAGGAAUAAAUCACUACUUGAGUUUGACUGAUACCUGAUUCAAACACACUCCUCCCAGAAAGCCUUAUUGUCGAUUGCAUUUUACUUUUCAAAGCGCGGUUCCCAAGUUUGUUGUCAACUUGCCAAUUACGUUUCCAAAUUCGGAAGUUGGGCGGUAACUUCGCAACGAAGUUCGCAAGUUCAUUUCAAAGUUCGAACUUCGAUUGCAAACAAAUGUAAAAAUUUCAUUUAUAAAGUUAUUUAAAAAGGCAUUUUCGUCUUGGGAGACCACUACUAAUAUUUUAGUGCAGUAAUAUGUGCAUAUACGGCCUUAUUAUAGUAAUUUCAACUCCAACUAUGAACCUUUGUUUACACUUCAAAGUUCGAACUUUGAAAUGAACUUGCGAACUUGUUUCGAAGUCAGGGGCGUAGGAAGCUUCUAAAAUUUGGGUGGUGGUGGGGGGGGGGGCAGGCUUUGAAGGGCACUUUUUGAAAGAAAAGGGCAUCCAAAAAUUUUUUCGGGGGGGGGAAGGUCAUCUCAAAAAAAAUUUCGGUUUCCGGAUAUACGACAUUUUUUGCUAAAUACGAAAAAAUUUUUCCGGACAUACAAAAAAAUUUUCCGGAUAUAUAAUAUUUUUCUUGGAAAUGAAACAAUUUUUCCGGAAAUAACAUAGGAGAUUCAAGUUUUCAAAAUUGCCCUUUGGGCAAAAAAUGCAAUCUUAAUUUCAUUUUGAUCAUUUGAUGGUGUACUUGGUCGAAUGAAAAUGUCGUAGUUAAGUAAAGAAACGUAGCGGCACAAAGCCAGGGGUGUUUGAAAAAUCUCGAAUGAGCUUUAGUAGGCUGAACCGAUACUGACAUGAAGUAAUGUAAACAUCAAAAACUGUUUAAGAGUCUCUCACUACAAAGGUUUUCCAGAGGAACGUUUUCUCGACCCCCUACUGUAGAUGUGUCUUUGUACCAAAAUUGACAUACAUACUCUUUCAGGAUCCUGGCUAACGCCUGUAUUUUAAAAGCUCACUCACACUCAAUGAGUGGGGGUUCAAUCUGAGCUUCCCUUGAUUGUCAAUGCUGUUUUUGAAUAGCUGGAGGGUGAGUAGUCACAUAGUAAGCUACGGCACUAACCCUCCAGGCUCCAGCUAUUCAAAAAACAGCAUUGACACUCAGAAUGAACCUCCACUCUUUGAGUGUGAGUGACCUUUUGGAAUACAGGCGCAAGAGCCUGCUCAUGAGGCAGAUAAAGCAUACAUGCAGGUCCAUUAACGAGGUGUCUUUAAAUUGAUGUCUGGGCCUGGUGUCAUCUUGGUGAUUUCAUAUAGGAAACCCUAUAGUUUCUAUGAAGCCUCGGGAAUGCAGGGUACUUGUAAAAACAUACGAGAAUGCCUCAAAAACAUCCUUGCCAAAUUCUAGGAACUAGGUCUCGAACGAAAAGGUACAUGUUGGUACAUUCGUGGAACACAGUCGGGCACCCUACGAACAUGA